GAGGAGGAAGCGGCGCCGCUUCCGGGGCGUUCCCGCGGUGCCGACGUGGAGGUUCCGGGCUGCGGCCGGGCCGGGCUGGAACCAUGUUGACCAAAUUCGAGACCAAAUCCGCGCGGGUGAAAGGGCUGUCAUUCCACCCCAAGCGGCCCUGGGUGCUGAGCAGCCUCCACAACGGCGUCAUCCAGCUCUGGGACUACCGCAUGUGCACCCUCAUCGACAAGUUCGACGAGCACGACGGGCCGGUGCGAGGCAUCGAUUUCCACAAGCAGCAGCCGCUCUUCGUGUCCGGGGGGGAUGAUUACAAAAUCAAGGUGUGGAAUUACAAACUGCGCCGCUGCCUCUUCACCCUGCUGGGCCACCUGGACUACAUCCGCACCACCUUCUUCCACCACGAAUAUCCCUGGAUCCUGAGCGCCUCCGACGACCAAACCAUCCGCGUGUGGAACUGGCAGAGCCGCACCUGCGUCUGCGUCCUGACCGGGCACAACCAUUACGUGAUGUGCGCCCAGUUCCACCCCAGCGAGGACCUGGUGGUGUCGGCCAGCCUGGACCAGACCGUGAGGGUGUGGGACAUCUCCGGGCUGCGGAAGAAGAACCUGUCCCCUGGGGCCGUGGAGUCGGACGUGCGCGGCAUCACCGGCGUCGAUCUGUUCGGCACCACCGACGCCGUGGUCAAGCACGUGCUGGAGGGCCACGACCGGGGGGUGAACUGGGCCGCCUUCCACCCCUCCAUGCCCCUGAUCGUGUCCGGGGCCGACGACCGCCAGGUCAAGAUCUGGAGGAUGAACGAAUCCAAGGCCUGGGAGGUGGACACCUGCCGGGGCCACUACAACAACGUCUCCUGCGCCGUUUUCCACCCGCGCCAGGAGCUGAUCCUCAGCAACUCGGAGGACAAGAGCAUCCGCGUGUGGGACAUGUCCAAGCGGACCGGCGUCCAAACGUUCCGGCGCGACCACGACCGGUUCUGGGUGCUGGCGGCGCAUCCCAACCUCAACCUGUUCGCUGCCGGGCACGACGGGGGCAUGCUGGUGUUCAAGCUGGAGCGGGAGCGGCCGGCGCUGGCCGUGCACGGCAAUUCCCUGUUCUACGUCAAGGACCGCUUCCUGCGGCAGCUCGACUUCGGCAGCUCCCGCGACGUGGCCGUCAUGCAGCUCCGCAGCGGCUCCAAGUUCCCGGUUUUCAGCAUGAGCUACAACCCAGCUGAGAAUUCCGUGCUGCUCUGCACCCGAGCCAGCAACCUGGAGAACAGCACCUACGACCUGUACACCAUUCCCAAGGAUGCGGAUUCCCAAAAUCCCGACGCUCCGGAGGGGAAGCGCUCCUCGGGGCUCACGGCCGUGUGGGUGGCGCGGAACCGAUUCGCCGUCCUGGACAGGAUGCACUCGAUCCUGAUCAAGAACCUGAAGAACGAGAUCACCAAGAAGGUUCCGGUUCCCAACUGCGAUGAGAUUUUCUACGCGGGCACCGGGAAUCUGCUCCUGAGGGACUCCGACUCCAUCACCCUCUUCGAUGUCCAGCAGAAAAGGACUUUGGCCUCGGUGAAGAUCUCCAAGGUGAAGUACGUGAUCUGGUCGGCCGACAUGUCCCACGUGGCGCUGCUGGCCAAGCACGCCAUCCUGAUCUGUAACCGGAAGCUGGAGUCGCUGUGCCAGAUCCACGAGAACAUCCGGGUCAAGAGCGGCGCCUGGGACGAGAGCGGCGUCUUCAUCUACACCACCAGCAACCACAUCAAAUACGCCGUCACCUCGGGGGAUCACGGGAUCAUCCGCACGCUGGACCUGCCCAUCUACGUGACGCGCGUGAAGGGCAACAACGUCUAUUGCCUGGACCGGGAGUGCCGGCCCCGCGUGCUCACCAUCGACCCCACCGAGUUCCGCUUCAAACUCGCCCUCAUCAACAGGAAGUACGACGAGGUGCUGCACAUGGUGCGGAACGCCAAGCUGGUGGGGCAGUCGAUCAUCGCGUACCUGCAGCGCAAGGGGUACCCCGAGGUGGCCCUGCACUUCGUCAAGGACGAGAAAACGCGCUUCAGCCUGGCCCUGGAGUGCGGCAACAUCGAGAUCGCCCUGGAGGCAGCCAAGGCCCUGGACGACAAGGGCUGCUGGGAGAAGCUGGGCGAGGUGGCCCUGCUGCAGGGGAACCACCAGGUGGUGGAGAUGUGCUACCAGCGCACCAAGAACUUCGACCGCCUCUCCUUCCUCUACCUCAUCACCGGCAACCUCGAGAAGCUCCGCAAGAUGAUGAAGAUCGCGGAGAUCCGGAAGGACAUGAGCGGGCACUACCAGAACGCGCUGUACCUGGGGGACGUGGCCGAGAGGGUGCGGAUCCUGCGGAACUGCGGCCAGAAGUCCCUGGCGUUCCUGACGGCCGCGACGCACGGGCUGGACGAGGAGGCUGAGAGCCUGCGGGAAUCCUUCGAUCCCGAGAAGGAGACGAUCCCGGCCGUGGAUCCCGAGGCGCGGCUGCUGCAGCCGCCGGCCCCGGUGCUGCCCCUGGACACCAACUGGCCCCUGCUGACCGUGUCCAAGGGCUUCUUCGAGGGCUCCAUCGCCGGGAAAGGGAAAGGAGGAGCCCUGGCCGCCGACAUCGACAUCGACACCGUGGGCACCGAGGGCUGGGGCGAGGACGCCGAGCUGCAGCUGGAUGAAGACGGAUUCGUGGACGCCGGGGAAGGAUUCGGAGAGGAAGGAACGGGAAAAGGCCAGGAGGAGGGAGGAGGAUGGGAGGUGGAGGAAGAUUUGGAUCUUCCCCCCGAGCUGGAUGUCCCCGCCGGCCCUGCAGGAACGGCUGAGGACGGAUUCUUUGUGCCCCCCACCAAAGGCACCAGCCCAGCCCAGGUGUGGUGCAACAAUUCCCAGCUCCCCGUGGAUCACAUCCUGGCAGGAUCCUUCGAGACAGCCAUGAGGCUGCUCCAUGACCAGGUGGGAGUGACCAACUUCGGGCCCUACAAGCAGCUCUUCCUGCAGACCUUCUCGCGGGGCAGGACGACAUUCCAGGCGCUUCCCAGCCUCCCCGCCAUGUACGGGUUCCCGCACCGCAACUGGAAGGAGGCCGGGCUGAAGAACGCGCUGCCGGCCGUGGGGCUGAAGCUGAACGACCUGAUCCAGCGGCUGCAGCUCUGCUACCAGCUGACCACGGCCGGCAAGUUCGAGGAGGCCGUGGAGAAAUUCCGGCUGAUCCUGCUCAGCGUGCCCCUGCUGGUGGUGGACAACAAGCAGGAGAUCGCCGAGGCGCAGCAGCUGGUCGCCAUAUGCCGGGAGUACAUCGUGGGGUUGUCCAUGGAGAUCGAGAGGAAGAAACUGCCCAAGGAGACGCUGGAGCAGCAGAAGAGGAUCUGUGAGAUGGCCGCCUACUUCACGCACUCCAACCUGCAGCCCGUGCACAUGAUCCUGGUGCUCCGCACCGCCCUCAACCUCUUCUUCAAGCUCAAGAACUUCAAAAAGCCGCCGCCACGCCUGCAAUCCCUUCCGCCCCAAGCCGCAGCGUGUUCCCAGACGCGGAAGAUCCUGGCGGCGUGCGAGAAGAACCCCGUCGACAGCCACCAGCUCAACUACGACCAGCACAACCCCUUCGACAUCUGCGCCGCCUCCUACCGCCCCAUCUACCGCGGCAAAGCCGUGGAGAAGUGUCCCCUCAGCGGGGCCUGCUACAGCCCCGAGUUCCGGGGGCAGAUCUGCCGCGUCACCACGGUGACGGAGAUCGGGAAGGACGUGCUGGGGCUGCGCAUCAGCCCCCUCCAGUUCCGCUAGGAAUUCUCCUGGAGAAGGAAAUUCCCACUCCCCCAUCCCAGCUUUCCCCCCAGUCCCUCCCCUCGGCCAUUCCCAUCCUCCCUUCCCGGUUUUUCCCCACUCUGGAAUGCCAGACUGGGGUUUUUUUCCCCACAUUUAGCAGGAAUUUUUUUUUCCUUGCUCCCACAGCAAUUUUCCUGUGCUUUUAUCCCAAUUAUUUUCCAGAGGGGGAAGGCGGGGGGGGCUCUUCCCAAAUCCUGGCUGUGACACAAGCACCUCUGCUCCCCUUAAAAUCCCAAAAAACUGCUCAAAAACCCCUGGGAUUGGCUCUGUAAAUCCCGGAUCAGGGAAAUCCCGCUCCCUCUGGAAGCGUCUCCGUGUUUGUUGACUCCUCCUGUUGUUGCCAUGGCAACCCAGCGAGCUCCCAUUGUUAAUAAAGUUCGUUAAUCACCUGGA